GCCCCCCAUCUCCUAGACUAUUACAUACAUGUUGACAUAUCAAGUAUUUGAGAGGCAGUUUAUUCUAACAAUUCAUUUUCACGUUUUUUGUUUGUUUGCUUGUUAUUCUAAAGGUACUGGAUGGAAGUAACGGAUAAGCCAUGGAGACAUCUAGGACAAAGCUGAGGAGGGAAGUGAGGGAAAAGAGACUUGCCUACUUUGAGCAGAGCUUGGCUUCACAUCAACCCGAACAUCAGGAAGAUGUCUUGUACCAUGGGUUUCAUCAGUCCAAGAGUCCGUCAACAGAUUCUUUGCAAGACAGGACUAAAAUGGGGAGUGGAACUACCAGAAAAGGCAAAAGCAUACAUCAACAGCAAGUUUUCCAUGACAGGACAAGAGGCGACAAGUCGCCGAGCGUCAAGAGUAGCCGUCCAUCAUCUGCUAGAUCUGGUAAUCCUCGACAUGGUCACCAAUAUCCUCAAGGCCCUUCUGGCGAUGACUACAUGAAUGUGACACCUCUCAAAAGAAAGAAGAAUAGGCCAUCUAGUGCUAUUCCCUCAGCCCGUGGUGAUCAUUACAGAUUAGAUAUAGGAGAUAGUAGCAGGCUUACUAAGAAUAAUCUGAGGCCUUCCAGUGCCAAGGCUGGAGCCAGACCCAAACAGCCACAGAAGGCUCAGGAUCGUGAACAAACUGCACAAAGACCAUUGACAGCCAGUGUGUAUCGAAGUAGUAAUGCAAAUUCUAGGAGACAGUCGGAAUUUGAGGACUUCAGAAAGAGAGCCAACGAAAGCUCACGUUAUGUUGUGGAAGAUACUUCAGAGGAUAAGAGUACGCGCAGUGAUAGGGAACUGCAAGAUUUCUUCCGAUUGCGUGAAAAUCGCAAGCCUUCUGUCAAUGAUAUGUCCCCGUCAUCUACUGAAAGUGGGAAGGAUGCCCGAGGGACACAAUCAUAUAGUUUCUUCAGUGAUCAAGGAAAAGGCCAUCAUUUUCAAGUAUCAUCAGAAGGUAGACCAGAGCUGGAGGAUGGCUAUGCGCUAAGGAGUAAAGCCAACCUGGAAGAGGGUAUAUCAAGGCGCAUCCAAUCGCAGUUGGGUUCACAGGUAGAAAGUGAAGCCCUCCAGGCAUCCGAGUUUCACAGUGCCUACUCUGCAGAGAACAUGCUCCAGUCCUUGCUCAGUAUCCGCAAGGUCAAGGCAAAGCUGCAUGAUGAACUGCUGUCAUCCUUCCUUGAAAAUGAAGACUAUAAAUCAAUACUUUCUUCUAAAAGGAAGAGUUUGCAACCAAGGGACGACACUUUGAAACAGAGACGACCAGACAUUAAUGGGAAUGAGGUGGAUGCAGACAUGGCUCGGCUGAAAGAAGGGGCAUCCAACCAUGAGAGAAAAGAGGACAUGUUAUCUCCUGUACCGUCAGCAUCAGAUGAGGUUCUUCUACAGAGACCAACCCAACCAGAGACACAGGAGAGCGUCACUGAACAAUCCUUUCCAACCACAACGGACGAGAGGGUUGAUCAUGACGAAUCUGCAGGAAGAAGCAAGGAUGAAGGAGAAGAAAGCGGGGUAGAAAUGGAUGAUCUGAGCUUUGAUGUGGGGGCUUUGUGUAAUGCUGCCAAACAAGGGGAUGAUAUACUGAGGCAGUACAUCAGAGGGUUGACAGAGAAGGUCAAAUCAAAGAAAGACAAGGAAACUCACCCUACCGAAUUUGCCGUUGAGGAUCGGUCUUCCAGAAGUUCUGGAAAGAUUGAUUCGCUGUUUGCGCCGAAGAUGCCAGAAAGAAAAUUUGAAGAGAAAUCAAUAAUUGCUUCUGUGUGUGAAAACGAAACUGUCCCGCCAUUAAAUCAGAGUUCAUUACUAUCAUACAGUGUACAUGAUGCUAUAAAGAAGACGGAAGCAGAACUCAGUGCCGAAGAAUAUGAGCUCGAUUUACAGAAUGGUUCAGCGAAAGCAUUAGAGGAGAAUGAUAUUGUUCCUUAUUCGGAUAAAUCAGUGAAUCAGUUCGAUCCUGUACCUUUUGAAAGCAAGGAAGCAACAUACAGCUCUGGAGUACUUCCUUCUGGCCGAGAAGAUGGUUUGCACCAAGGAGAAAAGGAAUCAGAAUAUGCUUGUGAAGAAUUUUCUGUUAGAGAUGUCCUCGAGGAGGAAAAUUCCAGUGUAGUUGGUAAGGUUAGAGAACCAGCAGUUACUGCUGAUCUCUUAGAAAAGCUUGGAUUGUUUGACUCCAAAGAAUCCCCUCUGACAGAUCCUAUGAGAUGUUAUAGUAAGGGAUCCAGUGUUCUUUUGAGCCAUGAUGCUGAUUCUUCUACUGAUGAUGCCACUAUUCAGGUGGCGAACAGAACACUCGAUUCUGACCUGGGGCUUGAAACUUUUCGGCCUGAUAGUCGAGCUAUUUCGCCCCUCAAGGAAGUGAGGGACUACAGCAAGGCUGGUGUCUUGACAACAAGUGACCUAGACUCCACAGAUAUGAUUGAAGAAGUACUGGAUGCAACAACAAUUUCAAGACAAUCGAGAGCUGAAACUGAAGCAUUGAGGAGAACCUACGAUCUAUCUGAAGAUGUUAGUGAAAACAACCUGGCAGAUCCCAAUGUCAACACUCCGUUCCAUUCUCACAUUCAACAGUCCAAAUUUGGUGUGUCCUUUGUCUUUGAUCCUCAAGACACUGAAAGUUAUGUUACUGGAACUAAAGCUAAUGCUGCAAUAAAUGCGAUGUCCCAACCUAAACAAGUGCCAGGAAAUGCAAAGCAAGGUGUUGCUUUUGAAGUGGACCUGACAUCAGCCAGGAAACAACCUAAGCCGCCUCCAUCGUCUAAGCCAAGUAAUACUAGGCUAACAACACCAAAUAGGGGUUCUCCAAAGCUUAGGCGGAACUCUCCACAGAGAUCAAGACCCAGGAAGAGUCCUAGGACACCAGAUGCCCACAGGGAUGAAAUCAGACAGUACCAUGAAAAGGACAGGAGAAUGAGAAAGCUUUCCUCACCAAGAGCUAUAGUGUCCCCAGUGAGGAAUCUAGCAUCAGAGUCUUCCUCAACCAGUGAAAACCAGCCAUCACUGAGACUGAGUUUAUCGUCCAGCAUGCAAACGGAUAGACCAGACGCUGAUGUACUUGCCCAGCUUGAAGACAGCCACGAUAGUCUUAUAGACAUUGAAGUCGGGGCCCCCUUCAUGCAUUCACCAAGGUAUGAAGCACCCUUGGAAGACGAGAAUGAAGUCCUCGACAGAAUAUCUAACUUCAACCCUCCCGCAGCAUCCAGUUUUGUGGUUCCUGAGGGCCAGGACACUGUUGGUGAAACGUUUGACCAGAACAGAGUGAGCUUCUCAGUCUCGAAAGAUGAUGUAGAUUCUCGCGAGCAGAGACAGGAUUUCCAAAAGACAAGCAAACCAAGACCAAGCAGUGCCAACCCAAAGAGAACUGCCACUAAGAAAGGUAACGCCCGCCCCACCAGUGCCCAUUCAAAGAUGUAUUCCUCCCCAGACAAGAGCUAUGACAGGAAGUGGCCCCAGUCAAGUAUGGCAUGGAUGACCCAACACAAACUCACCUCUAGUCUCUUAGAAGGCGACCGCUCUAUCAGUGACCUUUCAGCCUCAGGUUCAAAGGUCAAAGUAGGUCAGUCGAGGGUCAACAGAGAAUUUGCAAGGAAGAGCAAGCCUCCAGUUGCAGGUCCGAUGUCUAAGAGAGAUGGGGAGUUUGUCAGAGUACGGUCUUCUAAGAUAUUUGAUGGCACCGUGUCUAGGGUGUUAGAAGGACGUGGAUCUGUUGGUGUUCCCCCGUUAACUUUACAACUCAUUCAAGAUAGUCCUAGAGGAUCCGAGUCACUGUCAAUCUGGCAGCUCCUGCCCGAUGAGAUCCUGCUACUUAUCUUCUCCCAUCUUCCACAACACAUGCUGGUCCAGUGUGCGCUGACCUGCCAACGCUUCCACAGGAUUGCAAUGGACGACUCGCUGUGGCGUUGCAUUCGACUGGAGAGUAGGGAUUUGACAGACUUCUAUCUGACCCACAUCGGAGAGAAACACCCCGUCAGUUUGACCCUUCAUAAAUGUCGUGGAAAUCUGGUCACGGAGAAUGGAUUGCGCAACCUUUUCAGGUCAUGUGCUGACUCCUUACAGGAGCUUAACGUGACAGGAUGUUCCAAGGGCGAGCUCCAGGGAGAUUCCAUCCUACUCCAUGUGUCUAGAUGCUAUAACCUGACAUCCUUGGACACCAGCUGGUGCGCCGUCACCGACAAUGGUCUCUCUGCGGUACUUGACGGUUGCCCCAGAUUGGAGACUAUCUGCUUGAAUGGAUGCCAGUCUGUCUCAGAUCAGUGCCUUCGUCAAAUUGUCAACAAAUAUGGAGCUAAUUUGGGGGUUUUAGAGCUAUGUGGCUGUUUCAACCUCUCCCCUCAAACCCUGAUGCUGCUUGCAGAGACCAGCAACAAUCUCAUUACACUCAACAUUGCACAGUGUUAUAAGAUCACCGAUGAAUGUGUCGCUUCGGUCGCUCCCAAGUUCCGCUCUCUGCAGCACUGGCACCUCAAAGGAUGCAAGGAUCUGAGGGACUCCGCUGUCAAGAAGAUUGCCCGACACUGCAAGCAACUGAGGACAUUGUCCAUCGCUUCCUGUCCUCAUGUUACAGACGUAGCCCUGAUUGAGAUUGCUACUUACCUCAACAGUAUAAGGAGCCUUGAUGUUUCUGGUUGUCGGAAGAUAGGGAACGAGGGGAUGCGUUGCUUAGCAACCUGCUGUCCGUAUUUGGAAAAGGUUGGACUAAGUUCUACAUCAGCCACACACAAGAGUGUGUCGUCCUUAGCCAGCUAUGCAAGUCAAACCCUCACUGAACUCAAGCUGAAUUGCUGUAGAGAGAUCACUGAAGCUAGUGUCAUCAGGUUACUCAAGCAUUGCAAGAAGCUGAAGACUCUUCAUCUGUACGGAGUGAAAGGUCUGAGAAACCUCGGUAUCUUGAAGGUACAGUAUCCUUGCAUAGAGUACCUGGAGAAAGUCCGACCGCCUUAGGGGGCGCUGCAGGUUAAAGUGAUUGGCUAACAUUGAUUUGACUUUAAAAAAUCUGAGCUAGAAUAUCACACUUGUCACCUGUGUCUGUGACACGUUACAAAAAUUAAGCCCAGAAAAAAUUGCGUCCGAAAACCAUUAUUUAGUGCUUCAAAAAGUGAAAUAUAAAGUGACCGGAAACACCAUCUUAAUUUCAUCCCAUACACUUAUGUGUUCUAUUUAAGCAUCUUCAAGACACCUAACUACAAAAUUGGGGUUUGCCUUGUAUUUUUAGCUUUUCAUUCUCAAUAAUGGUUGUUUUCAGGGUUUUUUAGUUCUAAUACGUGUACUUGUACACCUGUUUCAUCUUGGUUUGAGAAUUUUUUAAAUCGGCUGCUCACAAAGUUAAAUAAUACCUUUAAUUGCAAUCGAUUUCAAGUCAAAUGUAGGUUUUAAAAAUAAAUCAUAGGUCCAGCAACCAAUUGAAAAUUGAUUUUUUGGCCCUGUCUUGCGAAGAAUUGAGAUUGAUCCGAUCAACCACAAUUACAUGGAAAUUCAUCAUUGUCAUUUUUUUUUUCAUACAGGGACAUAUUCUACAAAAUGUCCUUUGUAAAUAAAGAGGAGCACACCACAUUGUUAAGACAAUAAAUGUGUGAGUCUACAUCCUUUCUAGAAUACAAUAUGAACACUGCAUUUUAGAUGUCGACGUUGCUGGCUUUCCAUAGUUGAAGUUGAUCAGAUCAAUCACAAGUCUUUGUAAGAGAGGGAUCAGGGUCCCGUUUCAUAAAUUCUUGUUAUAACAAAUGCACAAUUUCUAUAACAAAUUUACUAUUCGCCAAUCAGAUUAAAGGAUUUCAGUAGCUUUUAACUGUUAUUGCAAAUUUGUUAUUAUAACAAGUUUUAUGAAACGGGACCCUGGUCUGCUACAUGAUAGGAAAAUAAAUCACAAUACUUGAAAUUAAAUUUGAUUACUUGAUGCCUUCAGGGGUAUUGCAAUAAUAUCCAAUUAAGCGGAUAGGGACGCAUUUGGCAGUGAUAUGCGCUAUAUAAGCAUGUUGGUAUUAUUGCAAGAUAAAUGCAAUCGAUUUGAAGUCCCUUGGGGUUCAAAAUCAAUUUUAAGUCUUGCAAGUAUACAUAAAUUGAUUGUAUUGCUCUGUGUUCUGCUUAUGCAGAAUAAAGUCUGAUUUAAACUUUAAAAUCUAAAUUAAUAACUGAAUCAAUAGUGCCAUUGGUACAACGAAGGAGGCGCCUUGGAAAUUAUAGGUUUUAUUUUAAUGUACAAAGAAGAGGAGAGUAUAUGUUGAAUACAUCGAUUCACAUGUUGUCAUCGCAACAAUCGUGAAUAAUUAGUUCGAUAAUGUUUGUUUCAUUAACAUGUUUUGCUGGCUUCAUGCUAUGGUCUUAAUUUUGAGUGAAAGAGAAAU